AUGGAUAUGCGUUUCGGGCUAAUCACCCGAUUCUACAAGGAUAUGCAUUCUCGGGUUGACUUCGUGUCCCUCGAGUUCUGCGAUGAUAUGCUUUCUCAGGCUGAGUACAUGUCCCCCAAGUUCUACGAGGAUAUGUGUUCUUGGGCUGACCAUGUAUCCCCCGAGUUCUACAAGAAUGAUGAAUUGAUGGAUAUGCGUUUCGGGCUAAUCACCCGAUUCUACAAGGAUAUGCAUUCUCGGGUUGACUACGUGUCCCUCGAGUUCUGCGAUGAUAUGCUUUCUCAGGCUGACUACAUGUCCCCCAAGUUCUACGAGGAUAUGUGUUCUCGGGCUGACCAUGUAUCCCCCGAGUUCUGCAAGGAUGUAACAUAUAUGGUGUUACCAAGGCGCACCUCAUGGAGUGCGUCGAUCUGA